AUCCCUGCAACUCUUGCGUACCACGCGCCGUCCAUCGAGGCAGCGCCCGUCACUGCCCACCAUGAGUCGCAAUCUCGACGUCGAGACCAAAGCCUACAGCCAUGCCGAGGAGGUGGAGCAAGACGUCGUCUUCUCCGAGAAGGCGGCCGUCGCAGACUUCAAGGCCGAUGCCAUUGAGGCCGAGAAUGCAGAGCAUAACAUGACGGUGCUGCAGGCCGUCAAAGCCUACCCGAUGGCUUCGUUCUGGGCAUUUGUCAUUUCCUGCACCAUUAUUAUGGAAUCAUACGACGUUUUCCUCAUUGGUAACUUUGUCGCUCUGCCUGCCUUUUACAACAGGUACGGCAUAUUCGACCAAAGCCUCAAUGAUGGCGCUGGAGGAUAUGUUAUUGAAACCAAAUGGCAAUCAGCGCUCCAGGUUUCUGGACAACUGGGCGCUCUCAUCGGUGUCUUCCUCGCUGGGCCUUUGACUACCGUUGUUGGAUACAGAUGGGCGACUCUUAUCGGCCUGAUGGCGUUGAAUGCCUUCAUUUUCGUCUUCUACUAUGGAGAUUCGCUGCCUGUGAUCUUUGCUGCACAGCUUCUGGAAGGUCUUCCGUGGGGCAUCUUCAUUGCAAAUGCACCUGCAUACUGCUCCGAGAUUGUCCCUAUCCAGCUUCGUGCACCAGCGACUCAGAUGUUGCAGAUGUUCUGGGCCAUUGGGAGUAUCAUUGUCGGUGCAGUCACUUACCGUUACAAUGGCGUGGCGGGACCAAGUGCCUACCGAGUCCCCAUUGCCCUGCAAUGGAUGUUCCCCACGCCACUCGCCAUUCUCAUCUUCUUCGCACCUGAGAGUCCGUGGUGGCUCGUCCGAAAGGGCCGGCUCGACGAAGCUGCCAAAUCGAUUGAGCGUCUGGGACGCAAAUCCCGCAUCACAAAGUCCCACGAGACGGUCGCCAUGAUGCGUCGUACGAUCGAAUUGGAGAAGAGCGAGAAGAAGCCGAGCCACAUCGAGUUGUUCAAGGGCACAGAUCUUCGACGAACUCUGAUCGUAUGCGGUGUCUACGCCGCUCAGAAUCUGACGGGUAACCUCAUCGCCAACCAAGCCGUAUACUUCUUCACUCAAGCCGGAGUGGGCACCAAAACUGCUUUUGCAUUGGGUCUCAUCACAUCGGCUCUCCAAAUGAUUUUCGUCAUGCUUUCCUGGAUUCUGACGACGUAUUUCGGCCGACGUUCCAUCUAUCUCUGGGGAUCAGCCGUCAACACCAUUCUCCUCGUCGCCCUCGGUGUCGCCGGUUCCGUGGGCGCGUCUACUGCAGCGGAAUACGCACAGGCCUCUCUGGGUCUGAUUGUGUCGGUCCUCUUCACUCUCGGUCCCGCUCCUGCCUCGUGGGUCAUCAUCGGAGAGACUUCCGCUAUCCGCCUCCGUCCAUUGACGACGGGUAUCGGUCGUGCGAGUUACUACAUUAUCGAAAUCCCUUGCAUUUUCCUCGCUUCGUGGAUGCUCAACCCCACGGGCGCCAAUCUCGGUGGCAGAUGCGGUUACGUCUGGGGCGCAACGGGACUCUUCUGCCUCGUAGUCGCAUACUUUGAACUUCCGGAAAUGAAGAACCGCUCCUACCGCGAAAUCGACAUCAUGUUUAAGCGCAAAAUCCCGGCUCGCAAAUGGAAGAAAACUCCCAUCGAUAUCAACGACGACGAGUAGAGAUUUGUUUUUUUGUUUUUCGUUUUCUUUUUUGAGAGAGAGAGAGAGACGCUAAAGGCGUACGUACGUACGUAUAUGAUGAAUGGUGGGAUGGAUGGGGCGAGGCAAAGUCAUGUCAUGUCAGGGCCAUAUACAUACUUUGUGAGGAAUUUUGUGUGUUGUGACGAUGAUGAUGGUGACGAUGAUAAUGUACAGAACAUACCUCAUUGUUAUUAUCAUUGAAAAGUAGCCUCAAAUCUAAAAAAAGGGGCCCAGGCGGGUGCUUGCUUGCC